AUGGCAGUGGCAGACCCACCUGUGUGUGACAGUCAUCUGGAGUCGGAGCGCAGCGCCCUGAAGAGGAGAGAGUGGGAGAGGAGGAACCAGGAGGUCCAACAGGAUGAAGACCUGUUCUCAACUGGAUUCAACCUUUUUGGAGAACCUUAUAAAACUAAUAAAGGUGAUGCGUUGGCCAGUCGCGUCCAGAACACGCUGGGCUCCUACGAAGAAAUGAAAGACCUGUUAACCAGCCAUUCUAACCAGAGCCACUUGGUGGGAAUCCCCAAAGGCAGCAACAAUGUGCAGACCCCAACCACUUCAACGACGGAGAGACCCGCCAUGGAGUCCCAGCUUUUCACCGAAGCCCUGAGAGGAGGAACAGGAGGAGCAGCAGAAGGAGGAGUUGGGGACAAAAGGAUGGGAAAUGCAUCUUCCUCAUCUUCAACUUCCAUGCAACCUCCUGCCUCGACCACGUCGUCAAACACCACAACGGUCCCACAUCAGAAUCUGAAAAAGUCACGGAGCUCCAUGGACUGGUCAAGGGCAGGCCACGGACAGAGUACCCAAGGAACAGGCCUUGUUCUGGGGUUAGGACAGAAUGGGCAGGGGCAGGUUACAGCAGCUGCAAGUGGAAGAGGGAAAAUGACUUUAUUAGAGGAACAGAGGCAUGAAGAACUCUUUAGCUCGCUUAAAGAUGAACUCGGUUUGAAAGGAGACUCAAGCCCUUCUUCCUCCUCUUCGUCCUCCUCUUCCUCUUCCUCUUCUUCUCGGAGAAGGCACUCUUCCCACCCCUCCAAGACCCUUCCUCUCCCAGAUGGUGGCAAUUUUCGAUCUUCCACCAUCGAUAGUGGCCAUUUUAAGUCUUCCACUAACACAGAAAAUGGUGGACAUUUUAAAUCCUCCCCGUUUGAAACUGAGACAGGUUCUCACCUGUCUACAUCGUCCUCCCCGCUGGCUUCCACAUCAGUUCUGACGACGCCUACUCCUGGUCUAACCACUCCCACUUCUGGACUGACUACCCCCACCUUCCCACCUGGUAGCCUAUCAGGGAAGCCGAUCGCAGUGCAGCAGAAACCCACAGCGUAUGUUCGACCAAUGGAUGGCCAGGACCAGGCGCCUAGUGACUCUCCCCAGCUUAAACCCCCCCUAGUGGCCACAGAGGGAUUUAACAACAGUCAGGCUUUCGGAGCAAACUCCGGGAAUGUGAAGAAUAAAUUGCCGAAACUGAGUCUUAGCCACGCAGGCGAGGAGCUUACAGAGAACCAGUCGGUGUUUUACACCUCAGCUCUUAACACCCCCAAAUCCCCUGAUUUAGACUUAAACUGCAUAGAGAGGGAGGAGAGGAAGUUGGGAGGAUGA